UUUGGGGGAAGAAAGUGGGCCUUGCUGUGCCUUGGAAGCGAGGAUAAUUCUCCGACUGGGCCUCUUAAUCUUAACUAGAAUGAGGGAAGACUGGAGUAGCCGUCAUUCCUGUCGGAGCGGAAAAGGAGAUGUCUGGCAUUUAUGUGCUUUGCGUAGUGGCCUCGUUUUUCUUUUUAAUUAUACAGGAUUAUACAGUCGUCUUGGGGUUUUUUUGGUCUCUAUUGUGUUCACAGAGUGACCUUGUCUGAUGUGAGCGUUCUGAGAUGGUUUAUGGUCAGCGGGAGUGCACCACAGCCUAGCUCAGGGUGGCAGGCCAGCUCCUGCAUGCCAGGGCCUCAUGUGCUCUUUCUCAAAGCUUAGGGGGUACAGAGGUGGUCAGAGGCAGCCCUUGUGCCUGUGGAAAUAAUAGCAUGGCAGAGAGGCUGAUUGCAAAUACCAGGUGUCACAGAAAGCCGAAGGCGCACCGACGGAUGGGCCCUCAGGGCUUUGAGGGGGCUCAGCAAAGGUACAGCUGAGGAGACUCUGUGGCCAAAUGCUGGGGCACACAUUGGUGUUUGCCAGGUAGGCGGGGAUGAAGGCCCGGCGGGAGCAGAGUCCUGGGCUGGGGGAUGCCGACUGGCUCACCAAGGGAAGGGAAUGUUGUGUCGUUUAACGUGGUUGAGGGUGCAGUGCCAGAGAGAGGGGAGACAGUGGGUAGGGACCAGAUCAUGAAACCAUCUGGAACCAUGCUAAAGAGGGUGGCUCUGUGCACCCCGCUCCCGAAGCACUUCCACUAAACCCAGGCUUCUCCGUCCUGUUUUAAAGUCACAGCCCUAGGCGAUGUGGAGCCACCGGAGGGCUUGACAGUGGGGAGUGAGAGGCUCCGACUUGCUCUGUAGGGUGGCAGCAUUUAGGAGUGAGAGGGUAGAAAAAUGGGAGCAGGGAGAACAGGAGAGUUGAAGAGGGUGUGAAAGAGGCAGAUGGAGGUAGGGACGAGCUCAGCCCAGUGUUUAAGUGGCAGAUGCGUGUGGCUUACUGUGGUGAUGGGGACAGGGAGGGAGGCUGAGAAGCCAUGGGAGGAGGCUGAGCGUCCUGGCUUUUCUGAGAGUGUCUGAAAGGGAACAAGGGCAUGCAGCUACGGGGAUCAGGGCAGGGUUGAGCAAGCGGCCUUGUGAAUGCUGAGGCCAGGGCAGCAGCAGGACCUGUGGCCAGCUGUCCAGGGUGCUGCUGUCAGAGGAAUCUGCUCCCUCUGUCGCCGGUUGACUCUAAACAGGAUCCAAAAUCCUGAGGGCUUCAGAUUGCCCAGCUUGGGUUGUGACAUGGUUUUUCCACUGCUGUGGAGUUGUGGCAGUGGACGGUCCAUGAUGGCAGCUGGCACCGGAACCUCAGAGGCAGAGCAGGCGGGAGGCAGCACCGGGCUCUUGAUGGACUUGGCAGCCAAUGAAAAGGCCGUUCAUGCAGACUUUUUUAAUGAUUUUGAAGAUCUUUUUGAUGAUGAUGACAUCCAGUGAGAUGCCCUCUGGCAGCAGGCGGGGCCGAGCCGUUGGUACAGAGCCGCAGUGUGAGCCUGCGCAGGACGGUUUCAGGUGGUUUGAAAGAACACGUCGAAAUCCCUUGAAUUUAGGACCUGGUUAACCAAGAAAGAUAAGAAUGUUCUUAACGACCUAGAUGAGGCUGUUCAUCUCUGAACGUGAUCAGGUUUUGUCCUCACUCCAAUUAAAAGAAAGCAUUGUCA